UCCGGUGCCUGCGCCGUGGCGGCGAGGUGAGAGGCCGCCUCUUCUCCGCGACUGAGGAGGCCACAGCUGGCCGCCCGCCCUCCGCGCGGGCCGCGGCUCCGGCAUGGCCGGGAUCAUUAAGAAGCAGAUCCUGAAGCACCUGUCCCGGUUCACUAAGAAUCUUUCCCCGGACAAAAUCAACUUGAGCACUCUGAAAGGGGAGGGUCAACUGACCAAUUUGGAGCUGGAUGAAGAAGUUCUACAGAAUGUGCUGGAACUGCCUACAUGGUUAGCCAUCACUAGGGUCUACUGCAACAGGGCUUCUAUCCGGAUUCAGUGGACAAAGUUGAAGACGCACCCCAUUUGCUUGUGUCUGGAUAAGGUAGAGGUGGAGAUGAAGACGUGCGAGGAGCCUCGACCCCCCAAUGGACAGUCACCCAUUGCUCUUGCUUCAGGACAGAGUGAGUAUGGCUUUGCUGAGAAAGUGGUGGAGGGGAUGUUCAUCAUCGUUAAUUCCAUCACCAUCAAGAUUCACUCCAAGGCCUUCCAUGCUUCUUUUGAACUGUGGCAGCUCCAAGGCUAUAGUGUCAACCCCAGCUGGCAGCAGAGUGACCUUCGUCUGACACGCAUCACUGAUCCCCGCCGAGGAGAGGUUUUAACAUUUAAGGAAAUAACUUGGCAAACACUUCGAAUUGAAGCAGAUGCUACAGAUAAUGGUGAUCAGGACCCAGUCACCACCCCACUGAGGCUUAUUACCAACCAAGGCAGGAUCCAGAUAGCUCUCAAGAGAAGAACCAAAGAUUGCAAUGUGAUAGCCUCCAAGCUGAUGUUUCUGCUGGAUGACCUGCUCUGGGUACUGACUGACUCACAGCUCAAGGCUAUGAUGAAGUAUGCUGAGUCGCUGAGUGAAGCCAUGGAGAAGGCAGCCCAGCAAAGAAAGAGUUUGGCCCCUGAACCUGUCCAGAUUACUCCACCUGCACCCAGUGCCCAGCAGACAUGGGCCCAGGCAUUCGGUGGCAGCCAGGGCAACAGUAGCAGCAGCAGCAGCCGUCUCAGCCAGUACUUUGAGAAAUUUGACGUGAAAGAGUCCUCCUAUCAUCUCCUUAUCUCCCGCUUGGACCUUCAUAUUUGUGAUGACAGCCAAUCCCGAGAGCCAGGUGUCUCUGCAAACAGACUCAUGGGCGGUGCCAUGCAGCUUACUUUCCGCAGGAUGGCAUUUGACUACUACCCCUUCCACUGGGCAGGUGAUAGCUGCAAACAUUGGGUAAGGCACUGUGAGGCCAUGGAAACCCGAGGUCACUGGGCCCAGAAGCUGGUGAUGGAAUUUCAGAGUAAAAUGGAGAAGUGGCAUGAAGAGACAGGUCUGAAAUCACCCUGGCACCUGGGGGUAGAUUCUUCCUUCCGGAAGAAGGCAGACUCAUUUUCUAGUCCACGAAAGAACUCUCUUGAAAAAAAUCCUUCUCAGGGCAGACAGGCUGCCUUUGGACCUCCAGCAUGGAAUCGCUUACGCUCUAGCUGCAUGGUUGUGCGAGUGGAUGACCUGGAUAUCCACCAGGUUUCUACAGCUGGACAGCCCAGUAAGAAGCCAUCUACACUUCUUUCCUGCAGUCGCAAACUCCACAACCUCCCUACUCAGGUCUCUGCCAUUCAUGUUGAGUUCACAGAGUAUUACUUUCCAGAUAAUCAGGAGCUUCCAGUUCCCUGUCCCAAUCUCUACAUUCAGUUAAAUGGUCUGACAUUUACUGUGGAUCCUGUUAGUUUGCUCUGGGGAAACCUUUUCUGCCUAGAUUUAUACCGUAGCUUGGAGCAAUUCAAAGCUAUUUAUAAGCUGGAAGAUUCAAGACAGAAAAAUGAGCACUUGGACAUUCGACUGGAUGCCUUCCGGAUGAAGGUGAGCUUCCCGCUGGAAAAGAGACCGCAGGCGGAGUUGCAUCGACCCCAAGCGCUUGUCUUCUCUGCAUCAGGCAUGAUUGCCACUAACACACGUCAUGCCCCACACUGUAGCUGUCCAGACCUCCAGAGUCUCUUCCGGGGUUUUGCUGCUGCUGAGUUCUUUCAUUCUAAUUAUGACCACUUUCCUAAGGUUCCUGGUGGCUUUAGUCUUCUGCACAUGCUCUUUAUACAUCAUGCUUUCCAGAUGGAUUCCCAUUCUUCUCACCCUCCCCAAAAGCCUAAGGCUUCCCAAGACCUCUGGUCCAUCUACUUCACCCAGAUCUCCCUAGACUUUGAAGGAACAGAGAACUUCAAAGGCCAUACCUUGAAUUUUGUGGCCCCCUUCCCUUUGUCCAUUUGGGCCUGUCUGCCUCUCCGCUGGCAGCAAGCCCAGGCACAGAAGCUCCUUUUGGCCUCAGAGGGGAGGCUGAAACCAUCUGCUAGCUUUGGCAGCCCUGUCCUUUCUGAAGCCCUUGCCCCUGAAACUGUGCCUCAUCAGAGGUCAAAGACUGAGCACGAUUUAAAAAGCCUGUCAGGUCUUCCAGAAGUCGUAGAGAUUAUCAGAGAAGGCCGUGGUGCUGUGGACAACAAAGGACCUCUGACAGAGUUGGAGGAUGUAGCAGAUGUUCACAUGCUUGUACACUCCCCUGCCCACGUCUGCGUGAGACUCGACCACUACCAGUACCUGGCCUUGCUCCGACUGAAGGAGGUGCUGCAGGGGCUUCAGGAGCAGCUGACUAAGGACACUGAGGCCAUGACUGGAUCUCCCCUACAGGACCAGACAGCUUGCAUUGGUGUCUUCUUUCCUAGUGCUGAGGUAGCACUGCUCAUGCAUCCUACCUCUGGGACUGUGGAUGGUGACUCUGCAGGUUCAGAUACCACUAGCCUCAUAGAUUCAGAGCUGUCUCCAUCAGAGGAUCAGGAACUAAAGUCUGAUGCCUCGUCAGACCAGGGCCCAGCAAGCCCUGAGAAGGUGCUUGAGAACAGUAACAUUGAAAAUGUUGGUGCAGCUCAGCCACAUAGUAAUGGAGAGCUGCAGGACUCAGGUCCACCUGCACAGCAACUGGCAAGAAAGGGCCAUGAGGCAGUAGAGUCCCUACAGGCUAAGCAGCUGAGCAGAGCCCAAGCCUCCACCUCACCAACUGUGUUGAAGUCUCCAGCUGGCAAGGUUCCUGCUGUAAACGGGCCAGGAGACCCCAUCCCCGUGAAGAACAUUGAGGGAGAAUUAUCGAGUGCUAUUCACAUGACCAAAGAUGCUACCAAGGAAGCUCUGCAUGCCACCAUGGACCUCACCAAGGAAGCUGUAUCCUUAACUAAGGAUGCCUUCAGUCUGGGAAGGGACCGAAUGACCUCCACAGUGCACAAGAUGUUGUCCUUGCCCCCUGCCAAGGAGCCUAUGGCCAAGACAGAUGAAGGAGUGGCAGCCCCAGUGAGUGGAGGUGCUGCCCGACUCCGAUUUUUCUCCAUGAAGAGGACAGUAUCCCAGCAGUCAUUUGAUGGCGUCUCAUUGGAUAGCAGUGGUCCUGAAGACAGGAUUUCAGUGGACAGUGAUGGCAGUGAUAGCUUUGUGAUGCUCUUGGAGUCUGAAUCUGGUCCAGAAUCUGGUCUACCAGGAUCUUUGCCAAGUGUCCUCAAUGAUGCUGGUGGAGACACGAGCCCUGUUAUAGAUAGUUGUGGCCAAGGGUCCCCAGCAGCCAACAGUUCAGUUUCACCCCCUGGCCACCUUGAUCUUCACCGGGUCUCAGUUUUGGUCUUGAAGGUGAAUGAAGUGUCUUUUGGGAUUGAGGUACGUGGUGAGGACCUGAAUGUAGCCUUGCAAGCAGAGGACCUAACCUUGCAGCAGCUGGGCACUGUAGGACUCUGGCAGUUUCUGCACGGACAAUGCCCAGGUGCAAGCUUCCAGGAAUCCUCAAAUUUGAAGACUGGCUGUCAUAGCAGGCCAGCUGUGCGUCUUCGCUUCGAAGUGGGCCCUGGUGCAGCUGUUCACUCCCCGCUGGCCACACAAAAUGGCUUCCUGAAUUUCUCCCUUCAGGGCUGUGACCUUGAGAUGCUCACUUCAGUGCUCAAUGGUCUGGGGCCCUUCUUGGAGGAUGAGGAAGUCCCAGUGGUGGUCCCCAUGCAAAUCGAGCUCCUGAACUCCAGUAUUACACUAAAGGAUGAUAUCCCCCCAAUCUAUCCAACGUCUCCUGGCCCUGUCCCUAUCACAGUGGCCAUGGAGCACAUUGUGCUAAGGCGGAGUGAUGACGGUGUCUUCCACAUCAGUGGUGCUGCUCAGGAUAGACCAUUGGUAGAAAUUCCUAAAGGUGAAAAGAGCCAUUCUGCAAAAGAACAGGUGUUCCUCAUGCCCACAGAAGAGGUUUUUGGACAGCAGGUGAAAGAACUGCCUACCCUACAAAAAGAACUCACAGAAACUAAACAAGCAUUGGCCAGUGCCAACCAGGACAAAGAAAGACUUCUCCAGGAGAUUAGGAAAUAUAACCCCCUCUUUGAGCUCUGACAGCAGUGGCUCUGCCAUCUGUGCCAAGGAGAGAAGAGAUCACCAGCAAUAGCACCAUCUAGCACAGAGGGCACUGUCUGUUGUGGGUGCCAGAGGGGCUGAGAGUGUGCACUUUAACUUGUUGUGUGCUUUCCACUCACUGUUCUAACAGGAUGGCAGAUAGGGCAACGCAGGACCACAUCCUAGAAAAUAGGGGUAGCUUUAUAUGUGGCUCAGCAUCUUGUCUUGGCUGUAUAAGGCCUUUAGGUCCUCUGCAUAAUAGGUGGAAUUUUCACAUGGUAGGGCCAUUUUAUCUUGUUUUGUAGCAGAGAUCUUUGGUUCCCUUAAUGCCCCGUGAGAACAAAUGGCAGAAGCCAUCUCAGUGAUGCACACAGCCACCAGAUUCCAUGACAUAGAACUUCCUGCAGCAGACCUGAAAAGUCUUUGGCCUGACUUUUAGCCAGGCUAGUGGAGGAGGACAGGAAAUAGCUAAGCAAAGAGGUGGGAACAGGAGGAGCACAGAAUAAGAGAUUGCCGGACUCUGCCUGGUUUGUAAUGGGAACCAGGCCCUUACUUGGCUGGUAUGCCAGUCAGGUAUUUCAGGUCAAGCUUCCAUUCUGUUGCAAUUUCAUCAUGAUGCUAUGGGAGAAAGUUAACAGUUGUGACUCAGCCAUAUCAUCUUUCCCUUCUGUAACAUAAUUUAUUUGAAAUUCAACUCAAGGAAAAAAACAACUUAAUCUGAGGUGGCUGAAGGCAUAUUGUGGUAGGAAUCAGUAGGGAGCUCAAUUCUGAGCUCCUACAAGUUAUGCCCACAUCCUCCACAGCUGUCCCUGAAAGGCUACUUCCUCUGUCUCCCUGGGUUCCUGGUCAUCUGCUUUCCCAGCACUGUGAUUUUUUUUGCCAGUGCUCACCUCAGCACUUGGUGGUUUGGGUGCUGUGUGUUUUAAACUUCAACAUAAACAUGUCAGCCUGUUGACUCUCAUUCCUGUUACUGUGGCUUUUUAAAAUCAUGUACUUUUAACUAAAGUAAAAACAAACCCCUUCUUCUAAUCUACAUUUUCUCCCUUGCCCUGUAAGAGUUGUUUUUCUUAGCUCACUUUCCAGACUCUUCUUUUACCCAUACUGCUUGGUGGCACACAGAAGUUCAUCAGCUAACUCACCUUGGCUUGGCAAGAUGACAAAACAAUAAGUUGAUGAUGUCAUUGAAGUCUUAAUUGUACAUGACCUUUUGAAAGAAAAAAAAAGUGUGAUUUUAUGAAAAAAAAUCAUGCUUGACUUGUAUACUUGGUUUUUCUUUUUUUUUGAUGGUACUUGAGUUUGAACUCAGGGCCUCAUGCUUGCUAGCCAAGCAGUCUUCCAGUUGAGCCUCAUCCCCAGCUUUGUGUGCUCAUGUGUGUGUCUGAGAUAAAAGUCUUGCCAAGCAGCCCA